AUGGGGGAAUCUCCCGGUACCCCUGGGCUGAGGAUGCCGGAGCCUGGGCGUUCUCCAUUGUCAUCACCACCACAGCUGCCUUCCCACCACAUCGGGGUCAGCUCCUGAAGACACUGCUCCCCCCUGGCUGUCCCUGGAUCUGGUCCCCCGGCACCAGCCACGACUCAGGUGAUCCAUUCCUAGCCCCUCCCCUCUUCUAGAGUCUUCUCUGUCACUUUCUUGCCACAGGAGAAUCCCACUGGGCUUGCUGGCUUUCUGAGUCCUGAAAGGGAAACACUUCCCUGGGUUUGAAGACCCCCAAGGGGUCACAAGCCCCCACCCCCACCCCCAAGCCAGGAUACCAGUGUGGCGCUAAGGUAGAAAGGCACCAUGGAGCCCCGCUCAGCCUCUCCACGCAGGGGAUGUGUCCCCUGGCUCGGGCUGCUGCUCACAGCCUCCCUUUUAGCCCUGUGGCCCCCACCGGUGACAGCUCAGCUCACGAUCGAAUCCGUGCCACCCAAUGCCGCUGAAGGACAGACCGUUGUCCUGAAGGCCCACAACCAGCCCCCGAAUGCUGAACUCUAUCGCUGGUACAAAGGGGAAACUACAGAGGAAAGCCAUCGCCUUGGAGCGUUUUCAACAAGCUCGAAUCAAAGCACCCCGGGCCCUGCCCAUAGCGGCCGAGAGACCAUCCGGGAGGAUGGAUCGCUGCUUUUCCAGAGUGUCACCGUCAAUGACACUGGAGUCUACACCCUGGACAUCUUAGAACGUGAUUUUGCCAGUAAGAGGGCAUCUGGACGGUUCCAAGUAUUCGCCAAGUUACCCAAACCCUUCAUCACAAGCAACAACUCCAGCCCCAUGGAGGGGGAGGACUCUGUAGAAUUAACCUGUGAUCCUGAGACAGAGAAUACAAACUACCAGUGGUGGAUAAAUGGCCAGAGCCUUCCAAAUGACACCAGACUGCACCUGUCCCCAGACAACAGGAUUCUCACUUUAUUCCAUGUCACGAGGAAUGACAUGGGGCCCUAUGAGUGUGGAACCUGGAAUCUAGUGAGUGACAACCGAAGUGAUCCAUUCACCUUGAAUGUCUCCUAUGGCCCGGAUAUCCCCAUCAUAUCCCCCCCAAGCUCAUAUUUUGGUCAAGGGACCAACCUCAGCCUCUCCUGCCACACAGCCUCUAACCCGCCUGCACAGUACUCGUGGCUGUUCAAUGAGAGGCCUCAGUCAUCUACACCAGCACUCUUUAUCCCCAACAUCACUGUCAACCAUAGUGGAUCUUAUGCCUGCUUCGCCUAUAACUCUGUUACUGGCCUCAAUAGCACCACAGUCAAGAAUAUUAUAGUCCUUGAACCGGUGACGCAGCCCUCCAUCCAAGCCAGCAACACCACGGUCACAGAACAGCAAUCUGUGGUCCUCACCUGCCACUCUACAGACCCUGGAAUCACGAUCCGGUGGCUCUUUAAUGAACAGAGUCUGCCGCUGACCACGAGGACGAAGCUGUCCAAAGACAACAGCACGCUCAGUAUAGACCCUGUCAGACGGGAGGACAGCGGGGAGUACAGGUGUGAGGUCUCCAACCCUGUCAGUUCAAGGAAGAGCAACCCUCUCAGGCUGGAUGUGAAUUAUGACCCAACACAAUCAAGUUCUGACCUUUCCCCUGGGGCCAUUGCUGGCAUCGUGGUUGGAGUUGUGGCUGGCGUGGCUCUGAUAGCAGCCCUGGCAUAUUUCCUGUACUCCAGGAAGACUGGCGGGUCCGGAAAUUUCUCGUGAUGAUGCUCCUAACGAGGUAAGCACAGAAAGUUUCAUGGGCUU